AUGUCGUAUCGUACCCCCGACUCGGCUUCCAUCGAGAAGAAGGAUGACACGCGCCUCGAGGAUGGUGUCAUUAUAGCACCCGUCCUGACAGCAGGUACCACCAACGCCGACGCGGUCGCCACCACGGUUGAGGACCCUAAGGAGACCGCUCGUCUCAUCCGAAGGCUGGACUGGCACGUCCUUCCCAUCUGCUCGGUUUUAUACCUUUUUUCGUUCCUGGAUCGAUCUAGUCUGGGUAACGCCCGAGUGCUUGGAAUGGAGACGUCAUUGCGCCUAACCGGCGAGCAGUAUGCUGCUGCACUCUCGGUCUUCUUUGCACUUUACUGUCUGCUCGAGGUACCUUCGAAUCUGAUCCUCAAAAAGAUCGGUGCGAAAAAGUGGAUUCCAAGCAUCGUGGUAGCCUGGGGUAUUGCCAUGCUCCUCACUGGUACAUCGACCAACUUUGCUGCUCUCUUCGUCUGGCGUCUCCUCUUGGGUGCUGCCGAGGCGGGUCUCUUCCCUGGUAUCACGUACUAUCUCACCAUUCUCUACCCGCGUAGGUCGAUUCAGCUCCGAGUUGGUCUUUUCUUCUCGGCUGCUACUAUCGCCGGUGCUUUCGGUGGUCUCCUCGCUUUCGGUCUCGCCAAGGUCGAGGUAGGAUCGACCGAAGGGUGGCAAUGGAUUUUCUUUGUCGAGGGUGCACUUACGAUCCUUGUGGGCGUUAUUUCCUACUUUGUGCUCUUUGACGGGCUCGAGAAGGCUCCCUUCUUGAGCGAGAGCGAGAAGGUGUACAUGAGCGACCGAGUUCACUUUGACGGAAACGACAUUCCCAUGAACGACGAGUUCGCCUGGAAGUUCGUCUGGGCUGGUCUUAAGGACUGGAAGACGCUCUUCACCCUGAUCUGCUACGUCACCACCAUUACGCCCCUCUACUCGACUGCACUUACCCUCCCCACCAUCCUUAAGACUUCUCUCAAGUACAAUUCUGUUGACGCCAACCUGUACACCGUUCCCGUGUACACCGUUGCCGCCAUUACGGUGGUUAUCUUUGCCUAUCUUGCCGACCGCACCGGUAUUCGAUUCCCGUUCAUCUGCCUCGGCACACUUAUCUCUGGUAUUGGCUGGGGUCUCUCGCUGCACUACGGCAGGACGAACCCGAAGAUCGCAUAUGGUGCUCAGUUCAUCUCUGCUGCCGGCUCUUACGCCGCAUUCCCUGGUGUAGUUGCAUCGCUUACCCAGACCGUCGGCGGUAAGACCAAGCGAUCGGUCUGCAUCGCCAUUAUCGUCGGCUUUGGCGGUCUUGCCGGUACUAUCUCGAGCAACAUCUUCCCCAAGAAACAGGGUCCGUACUUCCACCGCGCUCACUACAUCAACAUUGCCAUGAACGGUGUUGCCUUUUGCUCGGCUCUCGCGUUUGCCGGUCUUCUCUACCUUGCCAACAUUCAGAAGCAAAAGAAGAUCGACUCGGGUGAGGCGGCGCGCUACUCCAAGGAGGAGAUCGCCGACAUGGGUGACGAGUCGCCUUACUUCAAGUACCGCUACUAG